AUGACUAUACCACCUGAAGCACAAAAACAAUUGAGAGAACAAAUUUUAUUGUCUGUACAAAAUGAACAAUCAACUAAUAUCAGACUUAAAAUAUGUGAUGUUGUUGCUGAAGUUGCAAGAAAUUUAAUUGACGAUGAUGGUAAUAAUCAAUGGCCAGAAUUUUUACAAUUUUUAUUUCAAUGUGCUAAUGGACCAGUACCAGCACUCAAAAAAAGUGCACUACGUAUAUUUACAUCUGUACCAGGUGUAUUUGGUAAUCAACAAGCAAGUUAUCUUGAUCUAAUCAAGCAAAUGUUGCAACAAUCAAUAUUGGAUUCAUCAAAUUAUGAGGUACAAUUUCAAGCUGUUAGAGCACUUGGUGCAUUUAUAAUAAUUCAUGAAAAAGAAUCAAAUAUACAAAAACAUUUUGUUGAAUUAUUACCACCAAUGUUACAAGUUACAAUAAAAUCAGCUGAAAAUGAAGAUGAUGAAGCUUUAUUAAAAGUAUUAAUUGAUCUUGCUGAAUCAACACCAAAAUAUUUACGUUCACAACUUGAACAAAUAAUGGAAAUGUGUAUGAAAAUAUUUUCAAAUGAAGAUAAAGGUGAUUCAUGGAGACAAUUAGCACUUGAAGUUAUUGUAACAUUAUCUGAAACAGCACCAGCAAUGGUUAGAAAAGUUGGUAGUAAAUAUAUUGCUGCACUUGUAUUAAAAAUGAUGACUGAUGAUGAUGAUAGUAAUACUCAUCCACGUGUACGUUAUGCAACUUGUAAUGCUGUUGGACAAAUGUCAACUGAUUUUGCUCCAAUAUUAUAUUAUAUAUUAAAAAUGAUGACUGAUCUUGAUGAAGAUGAAACAUGGAGUGUAUCUGAUGAAAUUAUUGAUGAUGAUAAUGAUAGUAAUACUGUUGUUGCUGAAUCAGCAUUAGAUCGUUUAUCAUGUGGUCUUGGUGGUAAAACAAUGUUACCUCAUAUUGUUCAAAAUAUACCAACAAUGUUGAAUAAUAAUGAUUGGAAAUAUAGACAUGCUGCACUUAUGGCAAUAUCAGCUGUUGGUGAAGGUUGUCAUAAACAAAUGGAAGCUAUUCUUGGACAAAUUAUGGAAGGAAUUAUUCAAUAUUUACAAGAUCCACAUCCACGUGUACGUUAUGCAACUUGUAAUGCUGUUGGACAAAUGUCAACUGAUUUUGCUCCAAUAUUUGAAAAAAAAUUUCAUGACAAAGUUAUACCUGAUCUUUUAAUGGUACUUGAUGACAAUGCUAAUCCACGUGUACAAGCACAUGCUGGUGCUGCACUUGUUAAUUUUAGUAAAGAUUGUCCAAAAAAUAUAUUGACUCCAUAUUUAAAUGCAAUUAUGGAAAAAUUACAAAAUAUAUUAACAGCUAAAUUUCAAGAAUUAGUAUCAAAAGGUACAAAACUUGUUUUAGAACAAGUUGUUACGACAACAGCAUCAGUUGCUGAUACAUAA